AUGCCCUCCUUACCCACUUUGGUCUUCAUGGCUUUCUUUUUCCUGGGGUCCUUGGUUGCCAUGUUCCAGAAUGGCUUCAUGGUCACCGUGCUGGGGAGGGAAUGGGCCCGAGGCCGGUCGCUGCCCACCGGUGACAUCAUUGUGACCUGCCUGGCUGCCUCCCGGUUCUGCCUGCACGGCAUGUCGGUCUUGAACAACCUGCUGUUCGUCUUUGGGUUUUGUCCCCAAGUGAAUGCUUUCAACAUCCCCUGGGACUUCGCCAACACGCUCACCUUCUGGUUCACUGGCUGGCUGGCGUUCUUCUACUGCGUGAAGAUCUCCUCCUUCUCCCAUCCCGUCUUCCUCUGGCUCAAGUGGAGGAUUUCUCAGUCCGUCCCCAGGCUGCUCCUGGGCUCCCUGGUCAUCGCGGGGGUGUCAGUGAGCUCAUCCAUUGUGGGGAAUUCAAAGCUUGGACCCCUGAUUGCUCUCCAGAUAUCCAGCGGAAACGACACCUUGGCUGAUAGAGUCCUGGUCGCCCACAGGCUCAUCUUCCUACCUCACUUACUGCUUGUGUUGUCUGUCCCCUUCGUCCUCUUUCUGGUGUCAACUCUCCUGCUCAUGUUCUCACUGCACCGGCAUUUGGGGAGGAUGAAGGAGAGCAGGCUGGGCCAGAGAGACCCCAGCACCCAGGCACACACCAUGGCCCUGAAGUCACUCGCCUUCUUCCUCGUCUUCUGCACAUGGUACUUCCUGUCCAUUGUCAUUAUACUAAUGAAGAGCAUAAACUUCCAGAACCUCUGGCACUGGGUCUGGGAAGUGGUAACCUACGCGGGUGUCUGCCUACACUCCAGCAUCCUGAUACUCAGCAGUCCAAAGCUGAGAAAAGCCCUGAAGAUGAGUCUUAGGAAACCCUGCUGA